AAUCCCUAAUCGGCUUCAGCUUCUCCGAUGCCGACGCCCGGCGAUUAACACAAUAACACAGUUUUCCACUCUCCUUCACGGCCUCCGGCAGUCCGACCGACGACCUCGAUCCUCUCGGCUCUCACCUCACCUCAGCCUCUCCCGGUAUCCCCUUAGCCACUCAGCCAUCUGCUGCUCUGCGCCUGUCAGUAAGAAAAGGACUAAUGGCGGGGAAAGUAGUAAAGUCUAUAGCAAAAGCUGUUUCUGAGUACCAAUACCCGCUGCAAGAUAAGUUGGCAAAAUACAAGAAUGAGCUCUCAAAGGGAGUUUGGGGUUAUUGGGAACUUGGAGCGUGGAAGCCUCUGGGCAUCAGUGCUCGUAGGCGAGCCCAACUGCGCAAAGAAGUUCUACUUGCUGGACAAGAUUGGCCGUACGAUCCAGAAAGGAAGGAAAUGCGAAAGAAGCAGAAAGGGCAUAAAUGUGACAGAAUCGCAGCGGAGAAGCGCGCAAAGACAGCUGAACUAAUGCAGCAAAUGCCUAAAAUGUUGGCAGAUUAUAGGAAGAGAAGAUGGGAGAGAAAGAUGAAAGCCGAGGAAGAUGCUGCUAGAAAAGCAGUCCAAGAGUAAAGCUCAGAUCAUUUUGUUUUUUGGGGAGGAGGGAGGAGGGGGUACCCAAAACACACAGAAGCUCGAACGUCCCUCCUCCAAUUGGCUAAUAAUCUCCCAUGGCGGUUCUUGAAGCUAGAUCCAAUUGCACUUUUACUAGGGUCCAUCUUGGCAAGCCAAUCAGCAAUAGUGUUAGAACCACGGGGAGAAUGGUUAAUCUUCACCUCCCAAUCCUGAAGGAUCCAGUCCUAACAAGCUCGAAUAAUGUUCCCACAGGGACCUUGCGGAUCUGGUCCCUAUUUAAAGCUCAGAUCAUUUAUAGUUGAUGAAAGAUGAACCUAUUUUGGAUUGCUUUCCUCAGGAAUUGCAUAUUUGAAUGAUCUUUUUUGCAUCUUGUUUGGUGAUAAGUAAUUACUCCCUCCAUCCCAAAAAUAUUGUUUGUUUUUAUCAUGGCUUCAUUCAAUAGUAAUAAUAGAGUGCAAUGUCAUGUGGGAUAGACAAUA